GUGUGCUUAGUAACCAGAAUAUUUUACUUUAAAUAAAGCAAAUGAAUCUUUAUUUGUGUUUUCAUUAGGAAUUUAAUUUAUUUUAAAAAGAUACAAGACAAAAUAUGGAAAAUAUAACAACAGUAAAAUAUCAAACUGCAUUCACAGCUUUUGAAGCGUUGUUAAAGUCGCUUUGCCUAAAUGAUUUUCCUUGCGGAAUGGGAAAUUGGAGGGAAAAUCAUAAAAGUAAAAAAAAGAAAAUUGAACAUAUUGACACAAUUGAAUCGAAAUUUUCAGUUACACUAAAAGACUAUGGAGUCAAGCAUGAAAAAGUUGAUAAUCUUCAAGAAUUGACAAAGAUUAAACAAUCUCCAUGGAAAGAGGAUUACAGUUGGAGUGACGAAGCUGAAGAUUUAAGAAAGUUUGCUAUUCAUUCGCCAUGGAUGCUUAAUGAAAAAUUUAUUUUUGAAUUCUUUAAAUCGCUAAAAAUCUCUGAUAAAAAUAUUAGAGAAAUUGAUGCCAAAAUGCUGUUGUUGACAAACUUGGAACAAUUAACUUUAACGGCAAAUCAUAUUCAAUCGAUUGAAUCGCAUCAUUUACCGAAGAAAUUACAGGUUUUAGAACUUUACGCAAAUGAAAUUUCUAGCCUAGCUGAUUUAUGUUCUAAACCACCGCCGUUAUUACAUUUAGGCUUAGGAAGAAAUAUAAUAAAUACAACUGAUGAUUAUAUAACAGGAGGAUUUUGGCCAAACCUUCUAAGUCUAGAUAUGAGCUUUAACGAUUUAAGCGAUUUACAUGAUAUUAUUGGAAAGUUACAAACUUUACCCAAGUUACGUAAUUUAAUCUUACAAGGAAAUCCCAUAUCACUCAUUCCUGGUUAUCGGGGCUAUACAAUAGACUGUCUAAGGAAACUAGCUUAUUUAGACGAUAGACCAAUAACCGCUGAUGAAAAACAUCACUUCAAAGGACUUUCAAGAAGAGGAGAAUCAGUACUUAAUGAAGCUAAUUUUGACUUCGAUGUUUCGUAUAUUAAAAAUAUUCCAAUUCCAGAUGAAGUUAAGGAACCCGAAAAUUUUCCUGAAUAUCCCAAGAUUAUCCGAAACUAUUUUGUCCAAUUUACCUUUCUUAAACAAGAAUCAAGCGGUGCAGAUGUUCUAGAGAUUAUGGACGAUGAUGAUAUUUCUACAAACAAGCCUAGUUUUCGAGAUUCAGAAGCGGAUGAUGAACAAUUAACGAGCAGACAGCAAAGUUCUAUGGGACAUUCUGUUCUAGCUCAAUCUCCUGUAAUUAUCCAAUCCCCAAUUCAAGAGAAUGUUGAAGAUGGAACUACGCAUGUCAAGUCAUCAAAAGUACCAUGGGCACCUGGAGAAUUAAUGAUUGAAUGGAAGGAUACGAUAGCUAGAGAUGACCUUCUUUCAUUACGUAAUUUUUUAACGAAAGAAAUGAACGUUGAACUAGUAGAGGAAAAGAUCUUAGCCUAUCCACCGGAGAUGGAAGAUGAAAUUGAAACUGGUUCCAUGAGAAGCGAUAGUAAGAAGAAGGAUAAAAAUAAAACAAAACCUGACAAAAGAGACCAUAAGGUAUAUAUAAAAGCUAGAAACCACCAUCAGCAUAUAGGUCUAAUACACAUUAUAUUAUAUAUAAUUAUUUUUUGUUAUAUUUAUACAAAUAAACCUUUUUGUAUGAAUGUAAAGUAUUUUAUAUACAUUAUAUACAUUGUAAUAGUAUAUAAUUAUUAAAUACGAUGAAUUUUACACUAAUAUAUAACAAUAAUCUAAUGGUUGACGGGUAUAUUUUCUUUGAAUGAAUUAGAUAUUUGUUUGUUUUUUUUCUUACAUGCACACUUUUUUGUUUGUUAGCACAAAAUUUUUGCUUGCUUUUUUUUUAAAGAAUAAGGGAAAGGCUGAUAAGGAUAAGAAUGCCAAAAAUAAUAAGUCGGCCGAGAAGAAAAAGGUAGGCCAGUCGAUAUUUGUGGUGCUGUUAAUCGGAUGAUCUAAGUUAUUCGAAGAAAUUAGUUAUAGGCUUUAUAAUAAUCUUUAUAAUUAAUAGAUAAUUCCAUUCUUUAGAAGAAGAAAAAAGAUAACGAACAAGAAUUCAUCCAUAAACCAGCCGGUCUUACAAAACUUGCUUGUUGGAAAUUGGAAAUUGAUGAUUUCUUAUACGGUGAUGCACUUAUAGAGAAAACAUUAUUCAAACCUCUUGAUGGGUCAGAAGCAACAGUUGUUGAAAAACUGAAACGACCAGAAUCAGGGGGAAAACCUGUAAAACCGCAAAAAGGUAAAUUAGUCAGAUAACAAGCAUCCCUUUGCCUUUUGUAUCACCUAUUAGGCCUAGCUAACAAAAUGCAUGCUCUUUCCAUAUCCUGCGCACUUUUACGUUUAACAGGCAAAAAAGAUAAUAAGAUGAACAAAGGUAGGUUCAAGCAUCUAAAAUUGAUUAUAAUAGAUACUAGUUUUGAGUAUAUCUAUUUUUUUCAAAAAUCCUAAUCAACUGUCCGUUUUAACACAUAUUAUCUAAAUGGAUUUUUGGUAUUGUUUUAUCUCUAUUUUUCUACUAAACUAGAAAGGGAAAAAGAUAAAGAUAAAAAGGAUAAAAAGGACAAAUUAAAAUCAAAUAUUCCAGUUCAGGAAGAAGAAAUUGUAAUACCACCACCAAUAGAAAUACAAUUUUCAAUUAAAAUGCAUCAGUGGAAAACUGCGCAAGAUUCUUUACAGCAGCAUAUUGUUCAAAAUUCUGUAAAUAAUUACGAAAAAUAAAAUACAACUGAGGAAAUCUAUUCAAAAGUAACAAUGUCAUAUGAUGUAUACUAGAAACAGAUAGUUAGUUAAUCUGUAACACUUGUCCAAAAAAAGUGACUUAUAAUUUCAACCUUUGAUUCAAGUAAUUCUUUGUCGAACUUGCAGUUAGUAAUUUUUGAUAAUUGAACCCAACCGCUAAUCAUUACAUUGGCCAAGUACUUGAACAAAGUUCUAUUUCCAGGCGUGAAUCUUAAAAAAAACACAUUAAUUUCUUAUAGUUAAUCAGAUUUUAUUAGCACAUUUUGAAUAAUUAAACACAGCUUAAACGAUAUAAAAAAAUAAAAAUGUUUUUUUUAACGUAAAACUUGUUAAAAGGCGAAAAGCGUUACUGUGGUGACGCUUGCCCGUUUAGUUAACCGCGGCGAAAUAUUCUUUUAGAUAGUUCAAUAUUCCUACACAAUUAUUAAAAUCACGUUACUUCAUCUAUAUUAAAGCAGAUUAAAGGAACUAUAUUUAAU